CACCCCUAAUGAGCGGAGCACGUGGGCCUGGGAGAAUGGCGCCGACACCUACCCCAGGAAGCCACCGUCCAAAGUGGGGCCGGGGACCGCCGCCGUGCCCCGCAAAGCCCUCCACCAAGGCCACCAUACCCGCCUCCCGGGAGGGAGAACUUCAAACGAGCAGGCGCAUCUGCAAGGGUGGUGCCGGUGGGCGGAGUCAAGAGCCGGAAGUGCCCUGGCGCGCGGGCCCUCCUCUGAAACUCGCCCGCCGGAACUGCCUAGAGGCCACGCCCGCGGGCGGAACUCGGGGUUGCUGGGCAACCGGCACCGGCGUCGCGGUCUGGCUCUGUGCUGCCUGGACCCAGCCGAGCGUAGCUCCCACCUCCUGCCCUGGCAACCUCCCGUCCCGCCCGCUUCCCUUCUUGCCGCCUCUCCUUGGGUCGCGGAGCCCUUGCCCUUGGCACCACGUGCGCCUCUCCCGCUCCCACGACACCCUAGCGCCCACCUGCUUCAAAGCCAAGCUCCACCGAAAGCGAAGCAGCCUGACCACGGACGGGGCCUCCGCGUUGACCCGCCGCACCUCUCCAGCCAUGGGCACCUACACCUACACCUACACCAGCCGGCCCCGGGCCCUGCCCUGCCAGCGCCGCCGUUACCGGGACAACCUGAUGGAGCCAACUGAAGAACCUGUGAGUUACGGAAACAUAAUGUAUGACAGAAGGGUGAUCCGAGGCAACACUUACGCCCUACAGACAGGGCCGCUGCCUGGGCAGCCUGAUCCUCUAGAGAUUCAGAGACAGCAGCAGGCUAGGAGGAGGGCUCUUGCCAGAAAACGAGCCCAAGAACAGCUCCGACCACGAACGCCCGAGCCCGUGGAAGGCAGAAAGCACGUGGAUGUGCAGACAGAAUUAUACCUUGAAGAAAUUGCUGACCGCAUCAUAGAAGUCGAUAUGGAAUGCCAAACAGAUGCGUUUUUGGACAGACCACCAACACCACUCUUUAUUCCUGCCAAAACUGGCAAAGAUGUGGCCACCCAAAUACUAGAAGGAGAGCUCUUUGACUUUGAUCUGGAAGUUACACCAAUGUUGGAAGUCUUGGUGGGAAAGACCAUCGAGCAGGCUCUUCUGGAAGUGAUGGAAGAGGAAGAGCUGGCUAACCUGCGAGCCGGUCAGCGUGCGUACGAGGAGUUACGCAACGCUGAACUGGCUGAGGUUCAAAGACUUGAAGAGCAAGAGAGACGACACCGAGAGGAAAAGGAACGUCGGAAGAAACAGCAGUGGGAAGUGGUCCACAAGCAUAAUGAGACCGCAGAGAAAAUCGCCGCCUGGGCGUUUGCGCAGCGAUACCUGGCCGACCUUCUCCCUUCUGUGUUUGACAGUCUCAGGGAUGGCGGCUACUUUUACGAUCCCAUUGAAAGAGAUAUUGAGAUAGGAUUCCUUCCAUGGCUCAUGAAUGAAGUUGAUAAAACCAUGGAAUACAGCAUGGUGGGAAGAACAGUUCUUGACAUGUUGAUCCGUGAGGUGGUUGAGAGGAGACUGAUGAUGUAUGAGCGUAAGGAGGACGAGCACCCGUCUCGGGAACCUGAGGAUGGGCUCGGUGGUCCUGGAGCAAUGAGGGAUCUGCUGGUGGGUCCUGAAUUCCAGGAGCAAAACGCAUCACAGUCACAGAGGCCACCUCCAGACAGAGACUUCCUGCAGAGAACACCAUAUGAUGGAAGGUAUUUGGAGAAAGUGUCAUCCCAAGAGAGGAACCUUAUGGAAGAAGGAGACGAUGAGCAGACAGAAAUGAGGAAAUUCUUAGGGAAGGAAGAACUGUGACAAUAGAGGGAAGCUUUGGAGCCAUGAAACCAAUCAACAGGCCAUCAGCAUCACAAGCAAUCAGGUAAUGAUGUGUGAGUCCCCUCAGCUUAUGUAUUUAGUCAACAUGUCUUUUUGUAUAGUGAUCCAGGCAAAUCAUAUAUGUUGAAAUAAUAAAACUAAUUAAAAAAUGAAACAAAUACUUAAUUCAUUUAUUUAAUAGUAAUAUCCAGAAGCU